AUGAUGGGGAAGUUCUUCAGUGGUCUGGCCCAAUCAGGGGCCUGGUGUUGUUUUGAUGAGUUUAACCGCAUCGACAUUGAGGUGCUGUCUGUCAUCGCCCAGCAACUCAUUACUAUCCGCAAUGCCAAGAUGGCCAAGCUGUCCAGGUUCAUGUUUGAGGGCAGAGAGAUCAAGCUGGUGAUGACAUGUGCUGCCUUCAUCACUAUGAACCCAGGCUACGCUGGACGCACUGAGCUCCCUGACAACCUCAAAGCCCUGUUCAGACCCAUAGCCAUGAUGGUGCCCAACUAUGCUCUCCUCCUCCAGGUGAUCCUCUACUCUGAGGUUUUGAGUCCAGUAAGACUCUGGCCCGAAAGAUGACCCCAGAUGUACAAGCUGUGUUCUGAGCAGCUCUCCCAACAGGACCACUAUGACUUCGGCAUGAGGGCCGUCAAGUCUGUCCUCGUCAUGGCAGGCUCUCUGAAGAGAGAGAACCACCUGAGUGAAGACGUGGUUCUGAUCAGGGCUCUGAGAGACUCCAAUCUGCCCAAGUUCCUCACAGACGAUGCUGCGCUCUUUGGUGGCAUCAUGUCUGACCUGUUCCCUGGCGUGUCCAUCCCUGAACAUGACUACGGUGUUCUCCAAACCACCAUCCUGGAGUCUCUAGUGAAACGCAACCUGCAGCCCCUACCCAGCAUGACGCACAAGGUGAUCCAGCUGUAUGAGACCAUGAUAGUACGUCAUGGUGUGAUGUUGGUGGGGCCUACAGGUGGAGGGAAGACCACGGUCUACUCCAUCCUGUCUGAUACCUUAGAUACCCUGUGGCAGGCUGGCCACGGGAAACACAACCCCUUUUACCUCCCGGUCAAGACAUACGUCCUCAACCCCAAGUCUGUCACCAUGGGAGAGCUCUACGGAGAGGUGAACAUAUUGACCCUGGAGUGGCGUGACGGCCUGAUGGCGCUCAGCGUGCGAGCGGCCUGCAAUGACACCAGCGAUGACCACAAGUGGAUCGUGUCGGACGGUCCGGUGGACGCGCUGUGGAUUGAGAAUAUGAACACGGUCCUGGACGACAACAAGAUGCUGUGUCUGGCCAACAGCGAACGCAUCAAACUGACCCCGUCUAUACACAUGGUGUUUGAGGUCCAGGACUUAUCGGUGGCGUCCCCAGCCACAGUGAGUCGCUGUGGGAUGGUCUACAUCGACUCUAACGAACUCAAAUGGAUGCCCUAUGUCCAGACCUGGAUCACUGGCCUGGCUAAAAAGCUCCCUGAAGCGGUGUGUGUGUACCUGUUGGCGUUGUUUGAGCAGUACGUGGAGAAGGGUCUUCAGUUUGUGUGGAAGCGUUGUGUCCAGGCCAUGGGCCAGGUGGACAUCAGUAAGGUCACUACCCUCUGCUGCCUGUUGGAGGCGCUGCUGCUGGGAGACGGAAGACCAGACCUCAAGAUGGAAGCUAAGCACCUGAACAGUGUGUUGUGUCAGACGUUUGUGUUCUGCUACCUGUGGUCUGUGGGGGGUAACCUGACUGACAGCCACUGGGAUGCCUUCGACAGCUUCGUCAGACAACAGUUUGAAGACAAUAAUGAUGCCAAGCUGCCCAGCUCGGGGGACCUGUGGAGUGUGUUCAUGGACUUCAACCACAAGCGUCUGGAGCCGUGGGAGAGGAUCAUCCCCUCCUUUAGGUACAACAAGGAACUGCCCUUCUUUGAGAUGCUGGUUCCCACCACCGACACGGUGCGUUAUGGCUACCUGAUGGAGAAGCUGCUGUCUGUAGGACACUCUGUUCUCUUCACCGGCAUCACCGGAGUAGGAAAGUCUGUGGUGGCCCGUGGUCUUCUGAACAGUGUCCUCAGUGUGUUCUCUUGUCUCCCCAGGUCUUCUGAGGCUAUGUUCCCGUGGUCUAUCAACUUCUCAGCCCAGACCACCUCGGCCAGAACACAGGAGAUGAUCGUGUGUCAGUCCAAACUGGAGAAGAAGAGGAAGAACAUUCUGGGUGCUCCUGGUAACAGAAAGAUAGUGAUCUUUGUGGAUGAUCUGAACAUGCCUAAAUUGGACACCUACGGCUCCCAGCCUCCAAUAGAACUGCUCAGACAGUUCCAGGACUUCCACGGCUUCUACGACCGUGAGAAGUUCUUCUGGAAGGAGAUCCAGGACAUGACGAUCGCGGCGGCCUGCGCUCCGCCUGGAGGGGGCCGUAACCCGGUGACCCCUCGUUUCAUCCGCCACUUCAGCAUGCUGUGUCUGCCCACUCCCUCCGAACACAGCCUCAAACAGAUCUUCAAUGCCAUCCUCAGUGGUUUCCUCAGUGAGUUCCCCCAGGCGGUGAGGUCUUCAGCAGGCAGCAUCGUAGACGCAGCAGUAGAGAUCUACCACCGCAUGUCUGUGGACCUCCUGCCUACACCAGCCAAGUCCCACUACGUCUUCAACCUCAGGGACCUCUCCAAGUGUGUCCAGGGUAUGUUGCAGUGUGAGCCAGGCACGGUGAGGGAUCAGACUGGGAUAUUCCGUCUGUUCUGUCACGAGUGUCAGAGAGUGUUCCACGACCGACUCAUCAACAACGAAGACAAAACCUACUUCAACACCAUCGUCUCUGAGAUGGCCAGCAAAUAUUUUGGCUUCAAUUUAGAACCCAAUUACUUUGUGACCAAACCCAUCAUAUUUGGAGAUUUCAUCAAGGUGGGUGCAGAGAAGGCAGAUCGUCUGUAUGAGGACCUAACAGAGCCAGAUAAGAUCAGGGCUGUGCUCCAGGACUACCUGGAUGACUACAACAUGACCUUCUCCAAGGAGACCAAGCUGGUGUUCUUCCAGGACGCUGUAGAACACGUCUCCAGGAUAGCGCGUAUGAUCCGCCAGGAGCGGGUAACGCCCUAUUGGUGGGCGUGGGGGCACGGGAAACAGUCACUGACGCGGCUGGCGGCCCACAUGUGCGGCAUGCGCUGCUUCCAGAUAGAACUGAGCCGAGGAUACAACUACGACAGCUUCCAUGAAGACCUGAGACGACUGUUCAAGAUGGCUGGGGUGGAGGGCAAGGACAUGGUGUUCCUCUUCACUGACACACAGAUCGUGGUGGAGGAGUUCCUAGAGGACAUUAACAACAUGUUGAACAGUGGAGAGGUGCCCAACCUGUUUGAGAAGGAUGAUCUGGAGCAGGUCCUGGCUGCCACACGGCCCAGAGCCAAGGAGGCCGGCAUUAACGAGGGAAACCGAGACGAGGUGUUCCAGUUCUUCAUCUCUCGGGUCAGAGAGAAGCUGCACAUUGUGUUGUGUAUGAGUCCUGUAGGAGAUGCCUUCAGGUCCCGCUGUCGUAUGUUCCCCUCUCUGGUCAACUGCUGCACCAUCGACUGGUUUGUACAGUGGCCCCGUGAGGCCCUCCUCUCCGUGUCCCAGACCUUCUUCCAGAACGUGGAGUUUGGCAGUGAGGAGAUGAAGGAUCGUUUCAGUGAGAUGUGUGUGGAGAUCCACGUCAGUGUGACAGACAUGGCCGAGAGGUUCUACUCUGAGCUGAGACGACGCUACUACACUACUCCCACCUCUUACCUGGAACUGAUUAACCUCUACCUGGCCAUGUUGGGAGAGAAGAGACAGCAACUAGUGGCUGCUCGUGACAGGGUAAAGAAUGGUCUGACUAAGCUGUUGGAGACCAACGUGUUGGUGGAUAAGAUGAAGGUAGACCUGUCAGCUCUGGAGCCUGUCCUCAAACAAAAGUCUAUAGAUGUCAACGCCCUCAUGGGGAAACUAGCCGUGGACCAGGAGAGUGCAGACAAGGUGCGUAAAGUGGUGAAGGAGGAUGAGGCCCUGGCCAAGGUGAAGGCUGAGGACACCCAGGCCAUAGCAGCAGACGCUCAGAGGGAUCUAGACGAGGCUCUGCCUGCUCUGGAAGGUGCCAACAAGGCCCUAGACUCACUGGACAAGGCAGACAUCUCAGAGAUCAGGGUCUUCACCAAACCACCUGACAUGGUCAUGACUGUCAUGGAGGCCGUCUGCAUCCUGCUGGGCAGCAAACCAGACUGGUCCAGUGCCAAGCAGGUGCUGGGUGACUCCUACUUCCUCAGGAAGCUGAUGGAAUAUGACAAGGAAAACAUUAAGCCCCAGAUUCUCCAGAAGCUUCAGAAGUAUGUGAACAACCCAGACUUUGUCCCUGAGAAGGUGGAAAAGGUGUCCAAGGCCUGCAAGUCCAUGUGUAUGUGGGUCCGGGCCAUGGACCUCUACUCCAGAGUCCUCAAGGAGGUCGGACCCAAGAAAGAAAGACUGGCCGCCGCACAGACAGAGCUGAACGCUACCAUGGCAACCCUGAAGGAGAAGCAGGCCCAGCUACAGGAAGUACAGAACAAGAUUAAGAUCCUCCAGGACCAGUUUGACCAGAGCAUCGCAGAGAAGGAGGGUCUGGCUAAGACCAUGGCUCUGACCGAGGCGAGGCUGGGCCGUGCAGGGAAACUGACAGCAGCUCUGGGGGAUGAGCAGGUUCGCUGGCAGGAGAGCAUCGAACUGUUUGAACAGGAGAUCCAUAACGUGGUGGGAAACGUCUUCAUCGCUGCAGCCUGCGUGGCGUACUACGGAGCCUUCACAAUGCACUAUAGACAACUGCUGAUAGACCAGUGGAUUGUGCGAUGCCAGGAGUUGGGCAUCCCCAUCAGUGCCAGCUUCAGCCUCAUCAACAUCCUGGGUGACCCCUAUGAGAUCCGCCUGUGGAACGCCGAGGGGUUGCCCCGGGACACCGUUUCCACUGAGAAUGGAAUCCUGGUUACCCGUGGACGCCGCUGGCCACUCAUGAUCGACCCUCAGGAUCAGGCCAACCGUUGGAUCCGUUCCAAGGAGACCAAGAACGGUCUGAAGGUGAUCAAGCUGACCGACUCUGGUUUCCUGCGAACCCUGGAGAACGCCAUCCGCAUGGGCAUGCCCGUACUGCUGGAGGAGCUGAAGGAGACUGUGGACCCGGCUCUGGAGCCCAUCCUGCUGAAGCAGACGUUUGUGGCGGGCGGCCGCACCCUCAUCCGCCUUGGAGACUCCGACAUUGACUACAACAAGAAAUUCAGGUUCUACAUGACCACCAAGAUGGCCAACCCACACUACCUGCCUGAGGUGUGUAUCAAAGUGACCAUCAUCAACUUCACCGUUACCAAGUCUGGUCUGGAGGACCAGCUUCUCAGUGACGUGGUUCGUCUGGAGCGUCCUGACCUGGAGGAACAGAGGAACCAGCUGAUUGUGAGGAUCAACGCCGACCGCAACCAGCUGAAGGCCAUCGAGGACCGCAUCCUCAAACUGCUCUUCAACUCCAAGGGAAACAUCCUGGACAAUGAGGAGCUGGUGCAGACACUGCAGGAGUCAAAGGUGACGUCAGAGGCCAUUAAGCAUCGUUUGGAGGAGGCGGAGGCGACAGAGCUGAUGAUCAACGCGGCCAGGGAGCGCUACCGGCCCGUGGCCACACGAGGCUCCGUCAUGUACUUUGUCAUCGCCAGCCUCUCUGAGAUAGACCCCAUGUACCAGUUCUCCCUCAAGUACUUCAAGCAGCUCUUUAACUCCACCAUAGAGAUAUCAGAGAAGAGCAGUGUUCUGGAAGAGCGCCUGCAGAUCCUCCUGGACCAGACCCUGCUCACCAGCUACACCAACAUAUCCCGCGGCCUGUUUGAGCAGCACAAGACCAUCUACAGCUUCAUGCUUUGUGUGGACAUCAUGCGCCAGCAUGGGGAGGUCACUGACGCAGAGUGGCAGCACUUCCUGCGAGGAGCGCCCCCCCUAGACAAGGAUCAUCCAGAGAGGCCUGAGGUGCCAUGGCUGUCAGAGUUUACCUGGCAGACAUGCUGUGAGCUGGAGGACACGCUGCCCUGCUUCAACGGCAUCAAGAGAGAGAUCACCGCCACACCCAUCUCUAUAAAACUAGGUCGUCUGGAAGUGUGUUUCAACCCAGAGAACUGGCAGGGCUACGUGUCUGACUCCCAGCUGCCUCCCUACUCAGAGGAGAUGUCUGAAGAAGAGAAGGAAAAGGCAAACGGGGUCAGGGGUCACUGGGAUCAGAGACUGGGGGCCUUCCAGAAACUGGUGCUCAUCAAGAGCUUCAUGGAGGAGAAGGUGGUGUUUGCGGUGACAGAGUUUGUGAUCGUGAGCCUGGGGAAACAGUUUGUAGAGAACCCUCCUGUUGACCUGGCCACUCUCUACAGUGACAUGUCUCCCUCCACCCCCCUGGUCUUCAUCCUCAGUACUGGAUCAGACCCCAUGGGAGCCUUCCAACGCUUCGCCAAGGAGAGGGGAUACCUGGACAGGGUGAGGUCUAUCUCUCUAGGUCAGGGUCAGGGUCCUAUAGCUGAGAAGAUGAUUCUGGAAGCUCUGAAGAGUGGUAACUGGAUCUUCCUCCAGAACUGUCACCUGGCUGUGUCCUGGAUGUUAGCCAUGGAGGAACUUAUCAAGACCUUCACUGAGCCGGACACGGUGAUCCAUGAGAACUUCAGGUUGUUCCUGAGCUCCAUGCCCACCAAGGUGUUCCCUGUCACCGUCCUCCAGAACUCUGUCAAGGUGACCAACGAGCCUCCUAAGGGUCUACGUGCCAACGUGCGCCGGGCGUUCACUGAGAUCACCAACAACUUCUUUGAGGAGCACAUCCUGGGACGCCAGUGGAGGAAGAUCAUCUUUGGAGUCUGCUUCUUCCACGCCAUCAUACAGGAGAGGAAGAAGUUUGGUCCUCUGGGCUGGAACAUCCGUUAUGAGUUCAACGACAGCGACAGAGAGUGUGCCCUGCUCAACCAGAACCUCUACUGUCAGACUGGUCACAUACCCUGGGAUGCUCUCAUCUACAUCACUGGGGAGAUAACCUACGGAGGCAGGGUGACUGAUGCCUGGGACCAGCGCUGUCUCCGCACCAUCCUCAAACGGUUCUUCUCUCCUGUCACCCUGGACCCAGGGUACACCUUCUCCACCUCAGGUAUCUACUUUGCCCCCGAGGCAGACAGACUGAGUGACUAUAACAGGUACAUAGAGAACCUUCCUCUCAUAGACGACCCUGAGAUCUUUGGUAUGCACGAGAACGCCAACCUCGCCUUCCAGCGUCUGGAGACUAUGACCCUGAUCAACACCAUCCUGGAGGUACAGCCUCGCUCCUCAGCCCGCAGCGGGGGCAAGAGCAACGACGAGAUCGUCCAUGAGCUGGCCGACUCCAUCCUCGCCAAGAUCCCAGAGUGUCUGGAUAUGGAUGAGGCAGCAGAGGCUCUGUUUAUUCGUGAUGCCAACGGACGCCUCAACUCCCUCACCACCGUCCUCGGACAGGAAGUAGACCGCUUUAACAACCUGCUGCGGGUCCUCAGGGUGUCUCUGUGUACCCUCCAGAAGGCUAUAGCAGGGCUGGUAGUGAUGUCAGAGGAGAUGGAGAGGAUCUACACCAGUUUCCUCAACAACCAGGUUCCAAACCACUGGAGCACCUCAGCCUACCCCUCCCUCAAACCCCUGGCCAGCUGGGUUAAGGACCUGGCCCUCAGGACCUGCUUCAUCGAGAACUGGAUCACGCGGGGUCAGCCCAAAUCCUUCUGGAUCUCUGGACUAUUCUUCCCUCAGGGCUUCCUCACUGGGGCGCUACAGAACCACGCCAGGACCUAUAACCUCCCCAUCGACGAGCUCAACUUCCGUUUCAACGUGUUGCCAGUCUACCUAGACCAGGGGGCCGUGAGCGAGGCGCUGAAGACCCUACCGGCCGGGGGCGAGUUGGACAUGGACUCUGAGCUACCCACCAUCAACGACGGCGUGCUGGUGCACGGGAUGUUCAUGGACGCCAGUCGCUGGGACGACGUCGACAUGGUGAUCGAGGAUGCGUUGCCACGGGUGAUGAACGCCAUGCUUCCCGUGGUGCACUUCGAACCCCAGCAGAACUAUGACCCUGAUCCGUCUCUCUACCAGGCUCCGCUGUACAAGACCUCAGCUCGGGCUGGGACUUUGUCUACUACAGGCCACUCUACUAACUUUGUGGUGACGGUGAUGCUGCCGUCCAGCCUGCCUAGUGACUACUGGAUCACCAAGGCCUCAGCCCUGCUCUGUCAGCUCAACGAGUAGUACCCCACACACAGCUGUACUUCUGCACCUUCAUUACCAGCAGCAGUGAUGAAGCCCAUUCUCUAUGGACUCUUGUUUUCUGGAAACCAGUGACUGUUUCUCACGUCUGUAUUGAGAAGUAUUCUCCUGUGUACUCUCUCUCCCUGCUAAUCAGUUGAAGGGAUUAUUUGCACGGGGCCCAAAAUGGCAUUUUUCUUUUCUUUUCCGAGUUGCUUUGAUGAAAUACCAUGUAGCAGUGCUGUUGUCGUUUGUGCAUUUUGCUGUGUGCCUGGGAGAAGAGCAUGUCGCUACACCCGCAAUAACAGCUGCUAAAUAAUGUGGAUGUCACCAAUCAGA